CCUUCAUAUAGUACGAACACGAAGUUGGCUGCUGAGUGUCUUGAGUGUUUCAUUUCACAGGUCACAGCACAGAGGGAUUUCUUCAUAAAAGACAAAGCCGAUGUUUAGGAUUUAAAUUAGGUUUAGGACGAAAUCCACAGACUUGGAAACAACAAGAAGAAGAAAGACAGGAGGGAAGAGAUACCUGGGAUAGUCCUCAGUCUGGAUUGGCUCACCUGGUUCCAGAGAUGGCUUUAUCAUCGUUAACCUCAAGGCUGGAAAAAGCUCAGACGCACAUGGCUGUGAUGAUGUGGGUGAUGGCUCUCACUGUGCUCCUGCAGGGCUGCUGCCUGUGCAGUCGUGGACAAACUGGCACAGGAUGCAUGAAGUGGACCGUGGAUGGAGAGAACGUUUGCUGUGAUGCUUGUUAUCCAGGAAACCGCCUCAUUAAAGCCUGUGGUCCCAACGCAAAAGAUCUCUGCAAGCCCUGCGAGCCCGGGACCUAUACAACCAACCAUUUGAACAACAUCUGUCCCACGUGUACACAAUGUGUAGGUGCCCAGGUCCUGGUGAAGGAGUGCACAGCUACAACAGACACCAAGUGUGGCUGUGAAGAAGGACUCACCUGUGGCAACAUUGACUGUUCCUUCUGUGUGAGGAAGUGUUACAAGGGCUACGAACCUACAGAGGAUCGUUCUUGCCGACCGUGUCCAGAAGGAACCUUCAAUGACAAAACUAAUGAGAAGUGUAAACCCUGGAAAACCAAGUGUCAACACCCAGGUGAACACAUUGUGGCCAAGGGAGAUGCAACAAAAGACAUUCAAUGUGCUAACAGUACAGUUAGUCUAGUGCAUAAUAAACCCCCAACUGCUACGACAGAACCCUUCUGGCCUUAUCUGGUUGUGUUUGUGCUGAUCAGCCUGGCACUGGUCGCCUUCAGCAUCAGCAGCUUCAUUGUGGUCUUGAAAAAACAGAAAAGACAGAAGACAAAAAAGGCGCCCACAGACCUGCCGAUCAUCAGAACCCCGACAGAUGAUCCUAGACCAUUAAUAGCAAUGGAGUGCAGUUUUCAUGAAGCUCAGCAAGAACAAGGCGGCAGCUCAGAGUCAGUGGACUCCAAGGACUCCUCACAUCAGCUCAUUGCAUGAACAAAGAGCAGGCAAGAAAAGCCUCACUGCAACAUGUUGUAAUGGAACCAUGGAUAAGACUGUGUCCUCUCUGUGACACUGAGCCUGAUGUCUUUUAACAAAAGCCCUUUGUCCUAAGAUAAUGUUACGGGCAACAUUGUUGCUCUGUGAUUACGCCAAGAUGCAAUUUUAGUAAGCAGGAAACAUACACAUGGGAGGGGAGGGGAAUUCUGAAAGGGACCAAAACAAAGUGGGACUCACAAGAGUCUAUUCGUCAUGUAAAUGAUGUUGUUCCCCCUAUUCAAAUGAGCUUUAGAGAAGAGUAGUCUGAAAAUAGCAAUGGAAGUUUCAAAUCAUCACAGUUUGACAUUAGAUAACAAUAGCACAUUCAUUCCCAGAGCAGGCUGGGUACAGAGGUACAUCCUGGACAAGGCCGCCAGUCCAUCGCAGGGCAAACGUACAGAGAUGAACAUUCACUCACACGU